AUGGCUGACAAAAAGCCCAAGGAAGGAGUCAAGACUGAGAACAACGAUCAUAUUAAUUCGAAGGUGGCGGGGCAGGAUGGUUCUGUGGUGCAGUUUAAGAUCAAGAGGCACACACCACUUAGUAACCUAAUGAAAGCCUACUGUGAACGGCAGUUGGAAAUGGAGGAUGAAGAUACAAUUGAUGUGUUCCAGCAGCAGACAGGAGGUGUCUACUAAAAAGGGAACCUGCUACUUUACUCCAGAACUCUGUUCCUCCAGACCAAGAAGACAUUCUCAAUUAGAAAACUGCAAUUUGGUUUCAACACAUCUGACUGCUACAGUAUAGUUUUCUCUAUUCUUUCAUUUUCCCCUUCCCCAUUCCUUUAUUGUACAUAAAGUAACUGAUGUAUGUACACAAGGAUUU